AUGGAGAAAGCAACUUUGGUGUUCAUCGGUAUUCUGCUAUUCUCAACAUUUGCUCAGAUCUUGGCAUAUAAGGAGUUGUGCAAGAAUGACUCUGACUGUGAAAAGAUAUGUGGAAAAGAGAUGGUGUCAUCAUGUGUAUAUAAUGUGAGGUGUGUAUGCAUUACCAGAGAACCCCUUACCAAUCAACAAGCUUGCUUUGACCAUUGCAAAUCAAUAGGAGAAAUAGUUUCUCUUUGGACUCCACACAAUAACAAAUGUCAUUGUCGCAAACCUCUUAUGUAA